GUCUUGCUAUGUGGCUGUGGCUGGCUUGCUAUUCGUUAUGCAGCCCAUACUGAUCUUGAACUCUGAACAAUCCUCCUUUAGGCUCUCAGGUAAAUCCCAUACUUUUGACGCUAUACAAAACUUUUGAUGCUAUUAGUGGGACUAAUCCUGAUUUUAUUGCCGAAGAGUCUAGUAGAUUUUUCUGUUAAAAAUAUUUUAUUUUUUAAUUCUACAAAGCCCACAAAAGAUUUGCCAUUGGUGUGAUUAUCCAGCGGGAAUUAACAGGCAACUUAAUCUCAAUUAAGUUAACAGUACAGGCGCGCUCAGUCAGUCCCUGGAGCCUAGAGUUUUUGGUUUCUGCACUUUGCCACGUGGCUAUGUGGUUGCCCAGGAGACGCUAGGAGGAUGGAACGCCGGAAGGACUACAUUUCCCAGAAGCAUGCGCGCUCGGCGUGCCACGGGACCGCCCGCUGCUGGCGCGCGCUUAGCCGUUCGGUCCCCAGCCGCGUCCUCCGUCGCUUCCCUCUUCUCACUUCAGCUCUUGCGUCUCCGCACCGACAGCCGCUGGGGCCGCUGGGGCCGCCGGAGCGCGGUCGGAGCAGGAGCCGCUGAGCUACGGAACCAUGGAGGCCUAAGCCAGCGUGCACACCCGGCCCCCUGUGCGCCCGCGCUCUCGCUCCCUUGCUGCCUGCUCGCCGCGGCUGGAAGCGGAGUCCGCGCCGCUGACACAGGUGGGCUUCCCCUGGUGCGGCACCGCCCCGCGGGGUGUGAGCCGGGGCGACCGGCCGCGCGCCGGAGGGCUGCGGUUCGGGAAGGUUGGGCCGCCCGGAGCGGUGCAGAGAUCGGCGGGCCUCUUCUGCCCGCCCCCUCGGCGCCCGGGUGUGCAGAACCAAGUGAAUUGGACCCUUGGCCAUCCCGCCGGGACCUAGGGGUUGCCGGAAUGGCUGGAGCUUCCGGACACUCGGGACAGCCGAGGUUGGCUGGACAAAUGGGCGUGUGGUGGGCAGGUUGUCCUGUGGAAAUGCCCAUGUGAAGACAAGCUGCCUACCACAGAGAAGAUGGGAUCGAACAGCAGCAAGAUCAGUGAUCUACCUAAGAAUGAGUACUUAAAGAGGCUGUCAGGCCCCGAGGCUAUCUCUGAAAACGACCCCUUCUGGAAUCAGCUCUUCUCUUUUUCUUUCUCUGCACCAACCAGCAGUACUGAGUUGAAGCUGUUAGAAGAGGCAACCAUUUCAGUUUGCAAGUCUUUGGUUGAAAACAACCCUCGAACAGGGAACCUCGCUGCGCUAACUAAGGUCUUCCUUGCUAGAACCAGAGAGCUCAGGCUUUCGGCCGAGUGUCAGAACCACAUCUUCAUCUGGCAGACACACAAUGCCUUGUUUAUCAUCUGCUGCCUGCUGAAGGUGUUCAUCUGUGAGAUGUCUGAGGAAGAGCUGCAGCUUCACUUCACGUAUGAAGAAAAGUUGCCCGGCACCUACAGUUCUGACUCUGAAGAUCUUUUGGAAGAAUUGCUCUGCAGCUUGAUACAGUUAAUCACUGACACUCCACUCCUGGAUAUCACAUAUGAGAUAUCAGUGGAGGCCAUCUCAGCAAUGAUUGUCUUCCUUUCCUGUCAGCUCUUCCACAAGGAGGUUCUGCGGCAGAGCAUCAGUCACAAGUACCUGAUGCAAGGUCCAUGUCUUCCCUACACCAGCAAACUUGUGAAAACCUUAUUAUAUAACUUUAUCAGACAAGAAAAGCCACCUCCGCCCGGAACCCAUGUCUUCCCUCAGCAGUCGGACGGGGGAGGACUGCUGUAUGGACUGGCGUCAGGAGUAGCAACUGGUCUCUGGACCGUCUUCACGCUAGGCGGGGUGGGCAGCAAAGCCGCCUCUCCCGAACUUACUUCCCCUCUGGCCAACCAGAGUCUCCUGCUGCUGUUGGUGCUGGUGAACCUGACGGAUGCCCCAGACAUCCCCAACCCCUACAGACAGGCCGUCACGUCGUUCAAGAACACACAAGACAGCAGUCCGUUCCCAUCAUCCGUCCCGCACACCUUCCAGAUUAACUUUAACAGUUUGUACACAACCCUGUGUGAACAGCAGACGUCUGACCAGGCAACGCUCCUCCUGUACACUCUGUUGCACCAGAACGCCAAUGUCAGGACGUACAUGCUGGCCCGGACAGACAUGGAAAACCUUGUUUUACCAAUUCUGGAGAUUCUAUAUCAUGUUGAGGAAAGAAACUCGCACCAUGUCUACAUGGCCCUUAUAAUCCUGUUGAUCCUUACGGAAGACGACGGCUUCAAUCGGUCCAUUCAUGAGGUGAUAUUAAAAAACAUUACUUGGUAUUCAGAAAGAGUCUUAACUGAAAUUUCCCUGGGGAGCCUCCUAAUUCUGGUGGUAAUAAGAACCAUCCAGUACAAUAUGACCAGGACUAGAGACAAGUACCUGCACACCAAUUGCCUGGCGGCGUUAGCAAACAUGUCAGCACAGUUUCGCUCCCUCCACCAGUAUGCUGCCCAGAGGAUCAUCAGUUACACCUGCCGCCACUUGCGGAGAUGUGUUUAUUUGUCGGACAGAUUGUAUUCCCCCCGCUCUCCCCGUUCUGCACGUCAGCGUUGCCUCUCGGCCCCCAGUGACAGUGGAGAGGAGCUCUUGUCUCUAACUUGCUCUCACAUUCUCAGAUCCUAUGCCUCCAGUUUGUUUUCUUUGCUGUCUAAAAAACACAACAAGGUUCUGGAGCAAGCCACGCAGUCCUUGAGAGGUUCCCUGAGCUCCAGCGAUGUCCCUCUCCCAGAUUAUGCCCAGGACCUCAGCGUCAUUGAAGAAGUGAUUCGGAUGAUGCUGGAGAUCAUCAACUCCUGCCUGACUAAUUCUCUCCACCACAACCCGAACUUGGUGUAUGCCCUGCUUUACAAACGGGACCUCUUUGAGCAAUUCCGGACUCACCCCUCAUUCCAAGACAUAAUGCAGAACAUUGACCUGGUAAUUUCCUUCUUUAGCUCAAGACUGCUACAAUCUGGAGCUGAGCUGUCAGUGGAACGGGUCUUGGAAAUCAUUAAACAAGGGGUUGUGGCACUACCCAAAGACAGACUAAAGAAAUUUCCAGAACUGAAAUUCAAAUACGUGGAGGAAGAGCAGCCUGAGGAGUUCUUCAUCCCAUACGUCUGGUCUCUGGUCUACAACUCGGCAGUUGGCCUGUACUGGAACCCACAGGACAUCCAACUGUUUGCCAUGGACUCAGACUGAAGCAGGACACGGCCAUGCCUACCCCAGCCCAGCUGCUAGUUACUUCACGUCCAGGAGCAGAGCAGACAGACUGCCCGCCCGGUGUGUCUUCUGCCACAGAGGGUCACACAGCCUGCUUCUCUCACACACUGUGACUGUCGGGAGACUUCUCAGUUAGCGGUAGUUCACUGAGCUUUGAUGUACUGCAAGGGCGAGCACAGAAAUAAACGGAAAACAUGCUGUUCAA